AUUGUAACAACACGCUCAGGAGAAUAAUGGCGGGUUGGGGAGCAGCUUCCAUACCACUGAAAGUCGCCUUAAUCGUUCUUUGUCUUGCUCUCGUGGUCUUUAUCAUUGGGUUCGCGACCAAAGGAUGGGCGGAGACCGAGUAUCCCUCGGAGAUGGGGGUCAUCUCUCGCAGAAUUCCUGUCUACGUAGAGCAGGAGCUUGGUCUUUGGAAUUUUGAAAAUUGCAUCAAGGCGCGAUAUGACUAUCGAUACAGAGACGAAGAUCUCCGAAGGUACGGCAGAAAUAGGCUCUUCGUGUGUACUACCAAUGACAUCGAUCUAUUUAUUAAUGGACUUAGAUACUGUGCAGACUGGUACCGGGCUGUGCAGGCGAUGGAGUGUCUUGGGCUGAUCCUAAUGGUAGCGGCCUUAAUUCUGCUCUUCCUCUAUUUCUUUGUUGAUUCCAUUAAACAGAAGAAAUACUUAUAUAUCAUCAUUGGAUUAACAUUCGGCGCAGUGGUAUGCAUCGUAAUUGGCGUUGCAGUUUACGGGUCUAAAAUCAAGGAGAUUAUUUAUGUGUCUUACGUGUACAAACUCGGCUGGUCCUUUGGCCUGGCCGUUGCUGGCGCCAUUUUGGCGUUAGUUGCGGGAAUCGCAGAAAUUAUAGAGCUCCGGAAGUGAUAGAUGUCUGACUUCCGGUCUCCCGGAUGGAUCUAUUCUGUCUCAGCAGUUCUGAGCAGUUUUGAGAAGAGACAGCUUUAUACACCAAAGUUUGACGUGUUGCAUGCCAAUGUCUUGUAAGAAAAUUCGAUGGACGUUAAUAUAGAAUGACUAUAUCGCAUUUGCUGACAAUGAAUUAUGCUUUCAGAGAGCCUUUGUUUUCUUUCAGAAUGCCUUUGUUAAUUUAAACAUCUAUGAGUGUAGUGCUGUAUCUAAAGUAUGUGUGCAUAUAUUGAAAAAUUGUUUUAAUUUGUACCCAGAAGUUAAAAGGAAAUAAAUAAUUUUAAAAAAUA